AUGUCGCACUUCGGCACUUCGACAGUAAUGCCAAUCAUGGAGAAGGCAGCUCACCGCGGCGUUGGUGUCUCAUGCGGCUCGACCGAGACUAGCUCCAAGGCGCCGCCAUUAUUGCAGUCUGGCUGGAAAAAGCCGAAGAGGUUAGCUCGAUUCGGAAGGGAAAGGGAACUGGUUUCGAGCUAUGACGGCGCAUAUAUGCCACGUGUCGAUGCCCAGAACCAGUCGUCCCAAGCACAGGGCGGUGUACUAGUGUUCGGCAGAAAUUCACAGACUUUCGUGCGGUCUGCUUGCGGAGUCGGCACUAGUACCCUAUAG